AGAUUUCAAUUAAUUGCACCUGGCAGGCCUACAGAUGAUCUGCUGCUGACUGAAAUCAUCAAGACACAUUGGGCUUUUACUCUCUUUUUUUUCCCUUUGGUAAAUCACCUAAUCUGGUAAAUGGAGUCAUUUCCAACGCCUCCACCUUAUUUCUUACCAGAUGAAAGUCAAACUGGGCAAAAUGUGAGGAUCUACCACGUCCACUCACCUUUCAGCCGUCCACCACCUCCUCCUUCCCUCUCCUUUUCUCCAGGAGAUGGAUUCUCCACUCUGACCCACUCACCUCUACCAGUGUCUGCUCCCCCUCCAUCUGCCCCCAGACUGAAGUUUGUGAGCUAUGAGACUGAACUGUAUCGCUCUCCAGCGCUGACAAGAUGCCCUUCCUGUCAGGCUCAGGUCACCACACAGGUCACCUACCAAGUCGGGACACACGCCUGGCUCAUGUGUCUUGUGUUUGUCUUAUGCGGGUUGGUGUUUGGAUGCUGCCUGAUUCCGUUUUUUGUAAACCACUUCAAGGACGCCUAUCACACUUGUCCUCGCUGUCAACAGAUUCUCCAUGUGCACAAGAAGACAUGCUGUGAAUGAAGGCAUAACUACCAACUGUGUCAGGUUUUCUUUUUCACUUCAACAGAUGUUCGGACUGACUACUGUAGUAAAAUGUGUGCAUACCACUAUAUAAGGAGACGUAUCGUUACAUAACUAAGUAACUUUUAACUAUAUUUUAAUCAUGUUUUGUAACAAAAUCAUAUCAAAUAAAUGUUUUCUGUGCCAAUCUUU